CUCCGCCUUUUAGACAGAGAGCGCAAGAGAGAGAGAGAGAGAGAGAGAGAGCCAUAACGUCCGUUUGAAAAGCAGAGAGCCUUCCCUCUUCCCCUCGACCACAAUUCCUCUCUCGAUUUCAAACUUACCAUGGCGGACUUCACUCGCAAUCUCGACGCCUUCGAUCCGAAUUGGCUCAAGCAGCUCGCUCACUCACCCAUCGGAGCAGACUUCAGCGAUUUCCUCAUCAACGAAGCUCACAGCAGGGAUUCUUUCUGCCCUUCCUGCCUCCGCUUCCCCUCCACCGCCUCCGCCGCCGACGACCACCACCUCGCUCGCCACCUCUCCGCCCUCUCCCUGCUCCGAAACCGUCGCCCCGCUCUGAAUCUCACUACACCGCCACCGCCAGCUGGCCUCUACCUGGAGAGGCUCAAAACUGCUGCUAUAGCAGCAACAGCUGCUGCUACUGUACGGGAGAAUAACAGCAAUGCUGCUUCAGCCUACCCGCGGCUGCCACGUGUCUCUGCUUCUCCUUCUCCUUCCCCUCGCCCUCCGCCACUUCCUAGUCCUGAACAACGACUCCGACCUCGGAAGGUCGUCAAUGGCCUCGCUGCCUCCCGGUUGGACACGCUGUACGAGGUCCAUAACCGCAAAGCUAAUCAGGUUGGUGGCUAUUCUAGCUCCAGCAAGGGUAAGUAUCCGGCGGAACCAACUAGGGCUGGUCGUUCUGCAGGAGGAGCAGUGCUCCCGCUGCAGAAGCAGAGAAGCCGGCCGACCCAGACCCGGGUGUACCCGUUUCAAGGGAGCGGGUCCGGUUUGCCCCGCGCCGGAGAUCUCGGCAGCAAAAACCCCUCCGCCGGUAGCGGCACGGGCGUUUUCAUCCCGCUCGCACCUCCUGAUUCCGCCGCCGCCGCCGACUACUUGAGAAGCAAGCUCCUAAUCUCCGGAAAGCAGAGGAGAGAUCCUCGUCACGUGGGUCGCCGAGCAGCAGCAGCAGCAGCGGGAGGUGGUGGUGGUGGUGCAGAUGUUUCCGGUCGGAAGUAUGCAUUACCAAUGGAGGAAGGUGGAGGAAGAAGCAGAAGCAGCAGCAGUGUUGAUCAGAAAGGAGAAGAAGAGGAAUGCCAUUACCAUCUCCCUUCAGAGUGGCCUUACUAGCUACCUAGUUUCCGCUUCACUGUGCUUUUUGCAGCUGCUGUUAACCGUAGGUGUUGUUAACCCAAACUUAGUCAGGAAGAAAUAGAGGUAUACAGAAUAGGAGAUGUUGAUUUAGGGAAGAAAGGAAGGGUGGUAAGGAUGUUGUUCAAAUUAGGGGAAGGGAGGUUUAGGGUUUAAGGUAACUACCUAUAGUCAUCAUCAUAACAGGAUAGCAAUAGCAGUAGUAGUAGUAGUAAGAAGUAGCAGCAGUAGUAGUAGUCUGUCACCUACAAGGAGACAUUAUUGGAGCGGGGUCAGGGGUGUCUUUUGUAACCGCAGGAAGGAAGUUAACGAAAGAAAGGAAAUGUAGUUGUCACAUGUUAUCUUCUGGGUAGUCGUCGUUUGCCUGCUGCCAGCCCCGCUGAUAAAUAAAAAUUCCAGUAAUUAAAGCUAA